AUGUGCACGAGCGUGCAGCCCAUCGAGUGGACAACUGACCUCAAGGACCAGAAAUUUGAUGGCGUGGUCUUGGUGACUCAGAGCUUUGAUGAUUUGCCGUCUGAGCUUGAGUGUCUGAAAGCCCCCCUGCAGGACUACAACACCGUAGACAGCGGGUUGGGGAAGGAGGUGGUGGUCCUAAAGGUCCCUGGUCUCCCUGGUAACCGGUUGGUGUUUUCUGCUACUGGCCCAGUGAACCGCGACUAUGAUGAUGUCAGACGUUUCAGCGACGCAGCCGUCAACGCCGUCAAAAGGGCCUUAAAAGCUGGAAUGCAGCGUCCCCUGCUCGUCUGCCCUCCACACAAGGACUACAAGUAUAGCUCGCUGGUGGCCACGCUUGGGGCUCUUCAUGCGCUAUAUAUGCCUCUGGAAGUCAGGGAAGCAAACAUAAUAUCAUCCAAAUACAAGGUGUGCGUGCUGGGUCUCUGGGUUGCUCAGAAGAACCAGGGACAAACGCUGGUGGAUCUGGCUGGCGCUCUGGAAAGCGGAAGGCUGGCGUGCCGUGACAUCGGCGGCUCCGAUCCCGAGCGAAUGGCCGCUCCUCGCGUGGCCGAGUAUGUCGUGGAACUCUUUAAGAACAGCCCUGUGCAGGCAGAGGUGAUAAGUGAUGUGAAGCUUCUGGAGAGGGAGUACCCCUGCCUGGCUGCUGUCAACCGCUGUGCCAACAGCGUACCCCGUCACCAGGCCCGAGUGAUCAAGUUGGAGUACUGUGGUGAGGGACCCAUCCACAAGACGCUCAUGUUAGUGGGAAAGGGCAUCACCUACGACACAGGCGGAGCUGACAUAAAGGCUGGUGGUUUCAUGGCUGGGAUGCACAGAGAUAAGUGCGGCGCUGCCGCUGUUGCAGGUUUCUUCCAGAUUUUGGCUAAGAUGAAGCCCAAAAACCUGAAAGUUCUUGGUGCCAUGGCUAUGGUGCGCAACAGCGUCGGUUCAGACUGCUACGUGGCAGACGAGCUGGUGCUGUCCCGUGCGGGCCGCAGAGUCCGAGUGGGCAACACGGAUGCUGAGGGGCGAAUGGUGAUGGUGGACCUGCUUUGUGAAAUGAGAGAGAAGGCGCUGAAUGAGACUUCCCCUCACUUGUUUACGAUUGCGACUCUGACAGGCCACGCCAUCAGAGCAAUGGGACCUAACUACUCUAUCAUCAUGGAUAACGGACCCGCUCAUCAAGGAGGCAAUGCAGCUAAAUGGCAGAAAGCUGGGGAGGCACUGGGCGACCUCUUUGAAGUUUCCAGCAUCAGGCGAGAGGACUACGAGUUCCACGAGGGCAAAUCCGAGUAUGAGGAUAUCCUCCAGUGCAACAACCUGCCGUCUUCGGCGACCCCUCGAGGACAUCAGACCCCAGCGGCCUUUCUCAUCAUGGCUUCGGGCUUACAUAAGCACGGAGUGGAUUCUGAGGCGCCUCUGCCGUACUCCCACAUUGACAUUGCGGGCUCCAGCGGCCCCUUCCCGGGUGUGCCAACAGGCGCGCCGAUCCUCGCCAUGGCGACCAACUACUUCCUAUCUGAACUGGCUGACAAGCACAACUGA